AUGCAAGAUCCAUUUGACCAAAAGAAACAAGCAAUCCUUAACGAGAUUACUCUCAAUAGUGAAGAUAAUCUAGAUGCAUCACCAAAAGGUACGAUUGAUGAACAUUGUAUACCAAUCAUUAACUUAAUAAAUUCAGAUCCUAACAUGGUAACCACUUCGUCCUGUUCGGGAAGAGUAUCAGUAUUCUUAGAAGGAAAGAAACAAGAGAAUGAUACUAAGAUAAUAGCAAAAGGAAAUGAAGGUCGUUGGUUAUUUGUAACUCAUGAUACAUCUGAUUUGAACAAUUGGUAUACCAAAGUUGAUUUUAAAUACCAUGAGAACCAAUUCCCUCCUCAAGAUAAUAAUCAUAGAAGUAUAUCGUUUAAAUUUGAACCAUUGAUCUUACAUGUUAAAUGUCGAGAUUUAGAUCAGGCCACUAAAUUAUAUACAUGUGCUAUGAAUAAUGGAUUUAGAGAAUCCGGAAUUGGAAGUAAUUUUAAUGUAGCAAUUAGAAUUUCAAUUAAAUUAGAUAUCCCCAUUGGUUAUUAUGAAAAUGAUACUGAAGAAUUGAUAUCAUUUGUUAGUGAGAGUUACUUAGACUAUGUCACUAAAUUAUCAUUUGAAAGAUUUAAUGAAAAUUUUAAGAAAUUAGAUCAAUUAUAUAAAAGUAUUGAAUGUUUAAUUAAGAGUUCUUCUAGUGAAUCAUCAUCAUCUGGAAUAACCAAGAAAGAAUCAAAGGAAGAAAGAAGACAAAGAAAAAUACGAGAAGGUUUACAAAGACAGCAAGAGACAAAGAAGUUAAAAGAACAACAAGAAGCUCAGAAGGAGUUGGAACAGUAG